CACGCCUCCUCCUCCCUUGUCGUGCGCGUUGUCCUUCUCUGCGCGCUCUGGCUCUCGCCUGGACUAACUGCGGCGGGGCGGUGGAACAGAAAAGGUUUUGCCGAAUUUAGCCAUACAGGACCGGGGUUUGGGGUUCCAGGCAGCAUUUGUACUUCUUUCUUCUGGGAAUUUUUUUCUUUCAUUUCAUUUUUAGCAGUUCAGCCAUGGAGUCUUUGAGAGGGCUCCUUGUGCUGCUAUGCGUCCUCCUGGCUCGAGUGCAAACGCAGAUCCAAAGACCCAAGUUCACGGAAUGUCCUGUUGACCUUUUCUUCGUAUUGGAUACAUCUGAGAGUGUGGCCCUCAGACAGAAACCUCCCAACUUUUACAUUGACCAGAUCAAAGAAUUCACCAAGCGCUUCAUAGAUGAACUCCAGGACAUGCGCCAUCGAUGCGACCGCUACCUGACGUGGAACUCGGGGGCGUUGCACUACAGCGAUGACGUCAUCCUGGUGCGCGAGCUGAGUGACUUGAGCACUGAUCGCCAGGCCCUGAAGAACGAUAUCGACACCAUCAAAUACAUCGGCAAAGGGACCUACACGGAUUGCGCCAUCAAGAGGGGUCUUGCUGAGCUGCUCGUGGCGGGUUCCCACUACCACGAGAACAAAUACAUUGUGGUGGUGACUGACGGCCAUCCAAUUACCGGCUACAAGGAGCCUUGUGGAGGCGUCCAGGAGGCUGCAAAUGAGGCUCGGGUACAUGGGGUCAAAGUGUUCGCUGUAGCCAUCUCACCUGAUCAGGAGGAUACGAGACUAUCCAUCAUUGCCACUGACCAGAACUACAGGCAGAAUUUCACCGCUGCAGAUGACUCCAGAGCCACCAAGAUGGGAACUAUCAGAACCAUCAUAGAUAUGAUUACAAACGAGACCAAAGAUGUGUGCUGCUCAUUCGACUGCAAUGCUCCAGGGGGCCCCAAAGGACCAGAUGGAGAUGCCGGUGGCAUGGGAGAAACCGGUAGACCGGGAAUGCCAGGAGAGAAAGGAGAUAUUGGCACAAUGGGCAGCGUUGGAGAUCCUGGUCCUGUUGGAUACAGUGGAAUGAAGGGAGACCGAGGAGGCAGAGGCGAGAAGGGAGAAAGAGGACACAAAGGCUACAAGGGAGAAAAAGGUCUAAGGGGAAACGAUGGAGUUGAUGGACGCAAGGGUGAAGCUGGUUUCCCUGGUCUUGCUGGCUGUAAAGGAUCUCCUGGAGCAGAUGGUCUUCAGGGUGAGCCUGGGCCAAAGGGAGAUCCCGGUCCUUAUGGGCCAAAAGGAGAAAAAGGAGAUGGUGGAAGAGAUGGUGAACCAGGAAGACCUGGAAACUAUGGGCCUCUAGGACGUCAGGGUGAUCGCGGCCCCCGUGGAGCUAAUGGGGACAAAGGCGAGCGUGGUGAUGAUGGUGCACCGGGACCAGAUGGACCUCGUGGCGAGAUAGGAGCACUUGGAGAAAAGGGGGAGCAGGGUUCCCGUGGCAACAGAGGACCAAGAGGAGAGGCAGGGGAGCCAGGACCCCGUGGAGAGCAAGGACGAGAGGGCUCAACUGGCCCCAACGGAGACCCUGGUGAGCCUGGCAGAGAUGGUUCCGCCGGAUACAGAGGAGAUGAAGGCCCUCCUGGACCAGAGGGACCCAAAGGACCCAGAGGAAUCAAAGGCUCUGCUGGAGACAGAGGCCCAAUGGGACCCAGGGGUGAGGACGGUGUGCCAGGAAAUGGUACUGCAGGUUGCCCAGGCUUCCAGGGUUAUCCUGGCCCUCGCGGAGAUGCUGGUGAACCUGGCGGCAAGGGAACCCCUGGACCCAAAGGAGAUGAUGGAGAGCCUGGUGACCCUGGCCCUGAUAACAGUCAACCAGGACCUCCAGGACCAAAAGGGGCCAAAGGUCACAGAGGACCUGAAGGAAGAUCGGGACCUCUUGGGCCUCCUGGACCACCAGGAACUGAUGAAUGUGAAAUUCUGGAUAUCAUCAUGAAGCUCUGCUCUUGUUGUGAGUGUAAAUGUGCUGCUCUGGACUUGGCCUUCAUUGUGGACAGCUCAGAGAGUAUCGGUGCUACAAACUUUGCUCUUGCCAAGGACUUUAUCAUCACGGUUGUGGACAGAUUGAUUAAAGACCAGCAGGUCAAGUUUGCAGGUAAUGAGUCCAGAGUGAGCGUUGUGCAGUACAGUGGCGCACAAGCCCAAGAAGUGGUUCAACUGGGCACCGACGUCAACACCCUCACUGAGUUUAAACAGGCUGUGAAAGACCUCAACUGGUUGGCUGAGGCCACUUACACUGCUGAAGCUUUAAAUUAUGCUCUGGAAAACACCAUCAAGCUAAUGAGACAGGAGAACCGCGUGGUUCUCGUUCUCACCGACGGACGCUCCGAUACUCUCAGGGAUAAGAUGCCUCUCAAUGUCCUCUGUGGUAAAAACAUCAGGGUGGGAGGCUUAGGGGUGAAGGACUACUCAGGCCGUCAGCCCAACCAGGAACAGCUUGGAGAUCUGGUGUGUGAGAGUGAUCCCAAACCUGGCUUCUCCUUCGUCCUGGAUAACUUUGCCGAGCUUCUUGAUGACUCUUUCUUGCAGAACCUCACAUCCAAAAUCUGCCAAGAUAAGAAGUGCCCAGACUACAAGUGCCCAAUCUCCUUCUCUCAAAGUCACGACAUCCUGCUGAUGAUGGACAGCUCAGCUAGUGUGGGCCAGAAGAACUUUGACAUCAGCAAGACCUUCGUGCAGCGCUUGGUUGAGCGUUUCCUGAACGCUAAGAGGGAGAGGAGUGUCAAUGUGAGAGCGGCUGUCGGCCAGUACAGCCGCAACGCCCGCAUGGAGCAAGCCCUGACCACAAACAUGACCCUCCUGUCCCAUCACAUCAACGAGAUGACAUUCCAAAACGACGGCACCAACGUGUUAGAGGCCAUGGACUUUGCCAUUAAGUCUCUCCCGAGCCGCGGCGACGGCAGCGGAUACAAGAAGAAGGUGGUGCUGUUCUCAGACGGCAGGUCUCAGGCCGUCACCCAGGCCGUGCUGGAGAAACGGGUUCGCGAGCUGGCCGACGCCGGUCUGGAGCUCUUUGUAAUUGCGGUGGGCAGCCAAGUCAACGAGGUCAACCUGCGCACGCUGGUGAGCAGGGGUCAGCGUGAUGACAUCAACUACGCUCAGCGCCACCUCUUCCGCGUGGCAGACUACCCCUCCCUGCUUCGCGGAGUCUUCUACCAAACCGUCUCCCGAAGAGUGUCUAUGCCUUGAGCCCAGAAGAACAGGACCAGCGCUCUUCAAUUUUUAGUCCCAUUAUGAAUAGUCAGUCUCAUUUACCAUACACUGUUUUUUUUUGUAAAGAAUGUCACCAAGCAACUAUGAUUGUUUUCCAGUGGACUCCCAAAUGUAGACCACCAUAGGGCUGCAUGAGGUUGGAUCAUUAACAGGAACGAUGACUUCAAUUUGGAUUUGAAACAAUUGUUGCCUGUCACGCCUUAAUCCGAAUCACUUUGGUUUUGGGCCAUUGGAACUAAUUUAACUCAUUCACUGCCAUUGACGGCUAUCAAUGCACCAGGCUACCUACCACAGAUCGAUUUGAACUGGGCUGGCAGUAAACGAGUUAAACAUGCAUCAAAACUUGCUGACAUUUUGUCUGCCUUUCUGGAUCAAAGUCAAUCAAAAUAUGUUUUAGGUUACUCUUGAUUGUCACUCAAGGACCACAGAUUAUGCCUUUGCCACCAAAAAAGUCUUCCACUUUACAACAGUCACAAGUUUCGGCUCACCUUCAUGCUUUGAGAAUAUGUGUUGUUGACUAAACCUGAGAAAAUGUGUCCAAAGUUUUGACUGGUCCCGUACGAGAACCAGCCACAGAUGUCAAUUGAAAACAAUUAAAUUUCUAAAAAUCUCAUGAUUCCUUAUUUCUAUUAAUUCAAUACUGAAAAUGGCAUGCUGUAAGAGCACAAAUUGAAACCUAUUCCCGAGCUGACUGGUUAACUUGAAAUCUGCAUUGGAUCAACUAAAGCGGAAAACAGGAUGUGACAUCAGCCCUUCACCUGCGACUAAUGAGAGCAGCUGGGCGCCACAUGUGCCAUCAUGCCUAAAGGAGUAUGUAUACAUGUAUGCCUUAACGUGUUCGAAAUGUAAAUGUAUGUGUCGAGGUGUUUUCCUUCUACUCCUAACCUCGGCUAAUUGUUCCAUAAACAAUUCUGCCCGGUCCACCGGUUCAAAUGACAGAACGACACAAACCUGCUGUAUAAUUUUUGUACAGUUUGAGAGGACUCUGUCAAACACACACAUACAUAAACAAACCUUCGUAUUUCAUUAGUGAGUUAGGAAAACAUCUGUCAUGCUUGAAGGCUGGAAAAGAACCAAGUUCCCCCCCUAGCCCC